UAAAAUUAAAAAAAAAAUUUUUUGGAAAAUUAUUUAUAUGAAUUUGGGUUUUGUUCGAUGAUAAAUACAAAAUGGGAAUUCAAGAUCUGGCACUGAAAAUAUAUCGGUUUCCACAAAGAGUUGUCUUACCAAAGGGCAGAGCAAUUUGUUGUAGUUUAAAGAUCGCAUUUUUGGUUACCCUUAUACUUGUACUAAUUCAGGCGAUUUGGUUGACCAUAAUAACCUUUAUAAAUGUACCUCUAAAAGUUGACUUUAAAGAGCAUAUUCCAAUCGGACUUUUUGGAUUACAACUUGUUUUUGCCAUAUAUAUGCUCAUCCUAACAAUAUUUCUACUGGCAACUUUUAAUAAAUGGCGAGAUGGCAGAUUGAUACGCCUUUUUAAAACAACGCUAGGUGUUUAUAUUCUGGUGACCUUACUCGAAAUGUUCCUACGACUGAUUGCAAAUCUAUGCUUUAAAUAUUUUUUGGAUUUGCUCUGGGUACUUUUAAUUGGAUUACUUCAAAUUAUUGGUAAUGGAUAUUUAUGGGUGAUCACCAAUACUUUGAGCAAUGAAGAUGCCGAAGUAGAAAAUGUAACGAAUCCAACGUCUAACUCGCUAUAUCCAGCAGCGCCAACUCCCGUUGGAAAUGUUCCUGUUCAAACAAAGAUUGUAAGACAAUCUGUAGAAAGGAUUCCAAAAACAACCUCAUCGAAUAAUCCACUUAAAUCGUAUACGAUAAAUACGGCUUUGGUGACGGCACAAACAUCUGUAAGUCGGCCUCCAACAAGAAUACUAUCUGAUACACAAGUAUCUGUUAUUCGACCACUGGUCAGACAAUCGUCCAAGACGACGCAAACCUCCAACCCAAGUUUAAAUAAAUAAUUUAUUUUUUUCUGUUAAAGUAUAUUAACC